ACGAAGGACCUUAGCAGAGCUCAAGUACCUGCGCCGGCCAGCUAUAGACAAGAGGCGGCUUGGAGAGGCAGGCACCAUCAUCCAUGGCGCCCUCCGGUGACACCAUUGCCCUCGUCCACAGCGGCAUGGACAGCAGCAACAAGACGCUGCUCAAGAGCGAGGCCCUCUACAAGUAUGUCCUCGACACGUCGGUGCUGCCGCACGAGCCAGAGUGCAUGCGUGAGCUGCGCCUCGUGACCGACAAGCACGAGUGGGGGUUCAUGCAGUCGUCGCCCGACGAGGCGCAGCUGCUGCGGAUGCUGAUCAAGCUCACCGGCGCCCGCCGCACCCUGGAGGUGGGCGUGUACACGGGCUACUCGCUGCUGGCCACGGCGCUGGCGCUCCCCGACGACGGCAAGGUCAUCGCCUUCGACGUGAACCGCGACUACUACGACAUCGGCCGCCCCUUCAUCGAGCGCGCCGGCGUGGCGGGCAAGGUCGACUUCCGCGAGGGCCCCGCGCUGGGCAACCUGGACGAGCUCCUCGCCGACGAGGCCAACCUCGGCGCCUUCGACUUCGCCUUCGUCGACGCCGACAAGCCCAACUACGUCAAUUACCACGAGCAGCUGCUCCGCCUGGUGCGCGUCGGCGGCACCAUCGUGUACGACAACACGCUCUGGUGCGGGACCGUGGCCAUGCCACCGGAGACGCCCAUGUCGGACAUCGACAGGAGGUUCUCGGCCGCCAUCAGGGACCUCAACGUUCGCCUCUCCGCGGACGAGCGCGUUGAGGUCUGUCAGCUCGCCAUCGCCGACGGCGUCACCAUUUGCCGCCGCCUCGUCUGAUGGAGUCAGUGCGUGCCCAGGGCAUGCAUGCAUGGCUCGCGUGUGGAUGUUCCGUCGACCAGUUCUCCAUCCGAUCCGUUUGUUGUUGCAUGAUGCUUUCAAUAAAGAUCUGUUUUCCUU